GGACAUUUAUUUUAAGAAAUAAAUAAAUUAACAGAGCAGAGAGGAAGAGGGUGGAAAAAACAUGGUGAGAUUGAGCAGAGUGGUGAUGAAAAAUGUAUGUGAAGGAAUGAGCAAAACUCUUUCUGAAAUUCUGGUUUGCCCAUUAUCCAAACAGCCUCUAAGGUAUAGUGAGAAGACAGGAUCAUUGAUCAGUGAUGAAAUUGGAGUUUCUUUUCCGAUAAUUGAUGGGAUACCUUGUUUAGUUCCAAAGGACGGGAAGAUACUUGAAGACGAAGGAUCAUCCGAUACAGGUGGACAAAAGGAGGUGAAAGAUUGAGAUGGUUUUGUAGUAUCAUAGAGCUGUAUGCUAGAAUUCUGUGUGGUGAGGGUUUGGACUACCGAGUAUUAUUUUCAAAGAAAUGACCCAUAGGCUAAAAAUCUGAUGCCAUCAGAGUAAUAAUAAUUUCUGUAAAGGGAAAACCAUCAAAUUAUGUCGCAUCACAAUUCACAGUAUCACACACACCAUACUGCGAUUUUGAAUCUAUAAAACCGUAAAACAAAGUUUCAAUUA